AUACUCUUAUAACCCUACACAACUAUAAGUUAUUCAAUAUCGAAUAACCUCUAUAGUUUAUAUAAAUCCGCCGUAUUCUUUGUUUAUUACAAAAUUAUGUCGAAAUUUUGGAUUAACGCUGUUUUGGGCAUUUAUUUGGCCGCGACAGUGUCGGCAAAGUCUGUAUCGUCGGAAAGCAGCGAGGAAAGCAAACGCGACCCUCCGGAAUCGUUGAAAGAGUUCGUCAAGAUCGUCGAAAAAUACAACCUAAAUGUCACCCUCAUCGGCUCCCAGAAAAAAUACGCUCCCAAAGGAUGGAUUAAGGAACAGUUUGCCGUCACUCUGCAUAUGCCCACCAACGACGCAUUCGUUACUCAGGCCACUUUAACCGACGAGAAACAAGCCAAGUACCUCGAAAAAAUAAAAAAGAUUACGAGAAAGGAAAAGGUGGGAGCCGUGGCGAGGGUGGUCGCAAUCAAAGACGGCCGCGAUGAAAUUUUGAAAGACGACAGUGUCAAUGAACAAUACCGCAUUUCUUCCGCUAAUUAUAAUUACUUUGUCGGCUAUAUAGGAGGCAAACGAGGUUUCCAGUUCCUGGAAAACGAAACCAACGCCGUGUUGCACAAUUAUUUGAUUAAGGACGGGGACGUAGAGAGACAAGUCAAGGUUAUUACUGGUCACGUCAAAGUGAAAGUCAUCGAUAAGGGAGUCGAUUUUCCAGAGGAAGAGUUGACGGAGGUGGAUAACGUAAUCCAGAAGCUUUGGAUGUCGAUCGACGACAACGUUCUGCUCGCCAGAUUGUUGGUCCAGCAUAUGGAUAAAAAGUUUCCUGCUAAUAAUCACCAAGCAAUGAUUGGCGUGAAAAAUUUCGCGAUCGGAACGGAAAAGUUUGCUAAUUUUAAAGUGGCUGACAGCAAUUUACUCUUAUUCUCUUUGUAAAAAAAAAGUAAAUAAACACUUGUUUGG